GAGCCCAGCCUCACAUCAACAACCGUUCAGUCUUUAUUUUCAUCAUGAUGAAAGCUUCCCUAAUAUUCAUCUCUGCUCUUCUCUUGGCAGAGAGACAUGUUGUCAAAGGACGAACUUGCGAUGAGGCAUGCCCGCCGCCUUUCGUUGUCGCUCCCAACAAUUUUGUCGGAUCUCUCAAUCAAUUUCUUCGAGAUACGCCAUGUCCCAUUUGGUAUGAGUAUGACAAUUGCACUGCCAGAGAAACUGUUUGCUUCGAUGAUUUCCUCCAAACUGUAAAAAUGGAUAGACAUAAAAGAAUAGGAUGGAUGUUCUGUUCAUUUGGUCACGGCAUAGGCCAGUUCCAAUGCCUGAAUGAUCCGGCGAUCGCAAGUAAUGUUGUUAGAGAUGUUGACAGAUGCUGUCGACGCAGUCCUCUGCCGCCCAAUGACGUCACUGACAGGUGCAGCUUCAUGUUAAACACUCGGAAUUGCUUUAUGGAAGCUGUACCAAUCAGCUGUGGAGUAUUUAAUCAUCAGUUCUUGUCCCUGUAUUUUUGGGAGAUAUGCACGUUUGCGGAUUUCUACCACUUGGAAUGCAGUCCUGCUGAUUUACCUACUUUGAGCUUGUAGCUCUAAAUGCUUCAACAAAGAAAAUAACAGAAAACACGUUUAGAAAUUCACCAAAUUUAUGAGCAAAACAUAAAAGAUUAAUUUUAAUAAAUAGUACAAUAACAAAAUAAAGAACAAAC